AAUAGUAGAAGACUCGCUUGUGCUUUUUAUCCAAUGAGGGCGUAUAUUUAACGUUGUCAAUAGAAGCUUCAUAAUUGUUCGAUUCAUAAUUUCGAUACAAUUAGUUCUUGUUUACGUUAGUUCCUUUAACUCUGCUAAUGGCGCUUCACUAUUUAUGAAAAGAAAAAACGUGCUUUGCAUUUUUCUUUUUCUGUUAACUGUUCUUUUUACUUUUGAACUGCUGAAAAAUAUCGAUGAAAUAAAACCGCAAGCUCGUAAGUGGCAUUCAGGUGCACUAAAAAGUUUAAAUGAAAAUCAUUCUAAAUUAAAAAGCUCUGUUUUGCUUCGUAACUCUUUGAACAUGUCUUUUGAUAUUGAUAUUGUAAUUUCAUCAUUUAAAAAAAGUGUUGAAGAUAAAUUAAAUCUUGAGCAAUACAAUCGAGGAUACAAUGAACUUUAUUCAUUCUUUCUUGUGCUUGGUACAGUGUUUAAGUUUAUUGCAUCUGAUGUUCGUGAAAAGAUAGACAUUUUGGAAUCUUUCCAAAAAGGAAAAAAUCAAGAGCAUUAUACUCAUACUGAAAAAAUGAUUAUCUAUGAGAUUCAAAUGAAUAAAGAUGACCCAACCAUUCCUUUACUUGGAUCCAGAACACUAUUGCGACUUCAUCGUGCUUUAAAAUUUACUUAUCUUUUCCUAGAUGGUCUUAUUCUACUUAAUGAUGAUGAUAACCUCUCUUCUAUGGCAAUUACAAUGUAUAACAAAAGUUUGGCAAAUCAUCAUCCUUGGUUAAUACGCAAUGCAGCUAAGUUAGCUAUGUAUUCGUUGCCUAAUAAGAAGACUUUGAUUAACCAAAUUGCUAAAGAUGCAGACAAAGAACUUCUUUCACAGAAAUUACGAGAAGGAGUUGCUGCUCUGGAAGUGGCUUAUAAAGAAAUUGAAGAUUUGUACACUAAAAAUAAUUUGCAUUCAUUGCCCUAGUUAUUUAUUUUGUUUUUCUGAAGAUUUUUAAAUUAGUUCUUGUAAUGUUUUAACAGUUACAGUUUUUUACUGUUUUUUUUUUUUUAAUAUAUAUAUAUAUAUAUUUUGUAAGCUAAAAUAAGUUAAAGUUAUUUUUCGA